CAAGCAGACUCGUAACAGAAACGACAUGCAAAGUUCUUCGUCAGUGACUGUACACAUGGACUUGGUUCAUUUCAAAUGUUUUCACGGACUUUGACUGUGAUAUUGUAAUAAUAAUAAUAGUGAUGUCCGUACAAGCGUCGCUGAACGACUCGGUUAGCAAAGUGUACGUCGACGACACUCCCGAUCACAACCAUGGGGUAUAUUCUUGGUCAACGUCAGAAGCACGAACGAUUGAUAUAUCAAGUUCGUUUACAGAGAGUACGCGGGAAAAUAACGCCGCUGGUAAGAACUCGGUUAUUGGGGCUUCUAUCAUCAUGAUAAAAGCUUGCUGCGGGGCUGGCAUGCUAGCAUUUCCGGCAACGUUCGGCGCAGCUGGUGGAAUUGUUGUAACGAUUAUAAUGCAAGUGGUAUUUUCAAUUUUUAGUUGCAUUGGUCUGAUAGUGUUAGCUUACUGUUCCUCUAUACAUAACACAAGUACGUUUGAAUUGGCCAUUGCAUCACUGUGCGGUCAUAAAACCAAGAUGGCGGCUCUUGUUCUUGUGAUGGUUUAUGGUCUUGGAGGAUGUAUAACAUUCCUGGUCAUUCUCGGAGACCAGCUUGAUGAAGUGAUGAUCCUCUUUUCAGAUGUUGAAUAUUUUUGUAACCAUUGGUAUUUACAGAGAAGAUUAACAAUAUCAGUGACAUCAAUUCUCUUUAUAUUGCCACUGUGCAUUCCUGCUAAAAUGGAAUUCCUUAAAUAUUCCAGGCAUAUUUCACUUUUAUCAAGAAUGUUGCAGCAUUUGGUUGUUAAAGUUGAAUUCCCACUUAUGCAGAACAUGGCUGUCGUGGUGACGUGUCAUUUGAGCUCUGUUCCAAUAUACUGCACACUGAAGAAGAAAACCGUUGGUCAGUAUGCAAAAGUAGUAAUUCCAAGCAUGGCUGUGAUAUUUACUCUUUAUGCAGUCAUUGGUAUUUAUGGUUACCUCACAUUUGGUGAUUCUGUGAACAGUGAUAUACUGUUAUCAUAUGGAUACAAUGAUAUCAGAGUGACUGUAGCCAGAAUUAUGAUAACCAUAUCGUUAUUGACAGUAUAUCCAAUACUACACUUCUGUGCGAGAGCUGCUUUACAAGGCAUGUUGAAGGACUGUGGUGGCGUAUUGACGUACAUCAUAAUGUACAAAGAGAAAUACUUUCGACUUUCAGCUACCAUCUUAUGGUUUAGUGUUACAUUAGUAGUUGCACUAUUCAUUCCUAGUAUUGGCAUGGUCAUAUCUGUUGCUGGUGCAUUUGCUGCUGCUUUUAUGUUGUUUUUUCCAGGUCUAUGUUUUAUACAAUGCGGUCUUCAAGGCAAAGCCAAAACUAAGCAGAGGAAUAACUGUCUACUGGCAUUAGGUGUUGUAUAUACAGUGUUCGGGGCCUUUGUUUUCGGUGAAAGUCUUAGUAUGGCAAUACUCAAUGAUGUCCAUGGUACUUAUCCUGGAGCUAAAGCAGCAUCACAGUGUCCAUAGUAACAUCACCGUUCA